UUUCCAAAUCAUUCUGUUUUAGUAUUUGGUAAAUAGUGAAACAAAAUAAUAAAUAACUGAAACAAUAAAAUAUAUAACACUUUUUUUGUAUAUAAACAAAUAUAAAAAUAUUUAGAAUGGAAAAUAAUUUAAAAUGGAUGGGGCAUACUGCAACAAUAUUUGAGAUGCAAAGAAAGAUCUUAAAAGAAGGAGCAUAUUAUGAUGUCAAACUCGUUUUUCAUAAUGGCGAAUACUUAUUUGCUCACAAAGUUAUUUUAUCUUCUUAUAGUGAUUUCUUUAAGGAAUGUUUGAAAAAUAUACCUGAAACACUAGAUCAGGAGACCGUUAUUAUUAUACCGGAUAUUAAAAGAUCCAUUAUGCAAAAAAUUUUAGAUUUUGUUUAUAUUGGCGAAGUUACGCUAAAUUCAUCUGAUUUAACAGAAUUUUUAGAAAGUAAUACGUUCUUGGGUAUUAAAAAUUCUAUAAGUUUUGAAUGUGCUUUCCAAAACAAUCCUACUACGCAUGCAAGUGAAACUCGUAUUGAAGAAGUAAUAGAAAUUUCCCAGUCAAUUGAAAAUCAAAAUAUGGAAACCGAACAAAUAAACAGUGAAUCGGAAGAGCAACAAAAAGAACACCAAAAUAGCUCAAAAGAAAUGCACGAACAAUGUAAAAAUAAUUCAUCAGUACAUAUGAAAGUUAACAUUGAAAGUGAAAUUGAUCCCAGCCCCCAAAAUCAGUUUUCGACGAUUGAAGAAUUUGAACAAGUUGCUGAAAGUACUGAAGCCGAAGGCGAAUAUAUAAUAUCCGAUAAUGUUGAAAAUUACACUAAAUCGUAUACUUUGAAAGAGGAAAAAUUGUCUUCUGGCCUUAUAAAAAUUGAAGUGUCAUCAAUUCCAGUUGUUACGGCAGUCAACGAAAAUCCUUCUGAUGAAACAACAAUUUAUAAAAUAACAGAAGAUGAGAAUGUUGAAGCUGAAGGAACCUCUUCUGUUUCUCAAGCUGAAUAUAAGAUAUAUAAUAUUGAAACAGAAACUAAUAGUCCAAACACAUCUAAAACACAAUACAUUGGGCACAAAGUUUAUACAGAACGCGAACAUAAUAUUACCAUGGCAAUUAAAGAUGUAUUAGAAGAAAGUUUAAGCUUAUCAAAGGCAGCCAGUAAAUAUAAUAUUUCAAAAACGGUAUUGUGGCGAAGAAUUAAAAAUGAUCCCAUGUACAAGCAUAGCCGACAUAACCCAAUGUUAUCACUGGCGCGCGAAAGAUUGGAAAAGGGGGAAACUUUGAAAAGUAUUAGUCAAUCGUUGAAAAUACCAAUGUCAACCUUACAUAGACAUAAGGUACGUUUGUUAGAACAAGGAUUUUUGCCAGAUACCGUAACUCAAGUUAAAAGACGAUUAGAAGAAGAUAAAAUAAAUUUAAAGUACAAAUUAGAGCAAGCAAUAAAAGCAUGCCAAAUGGGAAUGUCACAAAAUAAGGCUGCACAAGAUUUUGGAAUAUCUAAAUCAACUUUGUGGAGACAUUUUAAACGUAUAGAAGCAUCACAAUUAUUAAGUGAUCAACCUAAUGAUAUAAAAAAGUAUGAUGCAUUAGAAUAUAGUACAAUUGAAUAUACAAUAACAGAUCAAGACGUUGACCAAGAAAUUGUUGAAGAAGAGCAAGAAUAUUCCAUAUCAGAAUUUGAAGAUGACGAAAAUAAAUUUCGAUCAAUAAUGUCGUAAAGAAAUUUUAGUUCGGCUAUAAAAACUUUUUUCUCAUUUCUUUUUAUUUUUCACGCAAGUAUACAAAUGUACGUACAUAUGUGAUCAGGCUAAUUAAGCUGAUAUCGGACUAAUUUAACAAUAUUGUAAAUUUAAGUUAAACUUCAUUUUAAGAAAAUUAUUUUCAAUUUAAUCCACACAUUUUUAAAUUUUUUACUGCUACAAUAAUUUAUCAAAUUUCUUAAAACUUAAAAAAUUUUAAGAAAAUCAAUAGGUAGAGUUAUGUAGCAAUUAAAUACAUAUUGCUAUUGUACUUAAUCUGCAACCAUUUCAUACUGAUGUUUCAAUUUGUACAUACAUAUAUCUAACUUUUGUAAACCUACUAAAAAUAUAGUGAAAAAUAAUUAAGAAAUUUUUUUCGAGCUUCAUCAUAUUUAAUAAUUUGAAGGUUCAAC